GGUUCUGUGUUGAAUGCUCCUCAUCCAGCCUCAUACUGUUGUAAGAGCUGAAUUAGAGCUCAGAUGGUUUGAAAUUAAAAAGAUUCUGUGCUUCACAUUCCUCUGUAAAAUUAAAGCUACAGCACAGAGUCUUGGACCAGGAUUCAUUAAUCACACAUAGGAUCUUGGGAUAGGAGAGGCUACCAUUGCAGAACCAAACUUAGAGAAAGUGAGGAGAAUGGCUGGUACAGUGGCCUGACUGCCUCUUAGGAAACCUAUAUUCAGGAGCAACCUCUGGGACCCUUCUCAGGUGGGAAGGGACAGUGAGGGACAGCUGAUCCUCUAAGACUGGGGACCUUCCUGUGGCAAAAAACAAUAAAAAUUUAUUGGUCUUGAUGAUAUUAUGGAUGAAGAAGGAGUUAAAGAGAGUGCUAACGACACCAUUGAUGAAGAUGAGCUAAUUUUACCUAGCAGGAAUUUGAGGAGCCGUUCGGAAGAAACGUCAGUCACUUCACCAAGAAAAUCUCCACGUUUAAUGGCACAAGAAUCAGUACGAAGUUUGCGGCAGAGCACACUUGCAAAGCGUUCAAAUCUUGCACCUCUUGUUAGUACCAAGAAAUCAUCUGUGAAAUGCGGAUCUGCUUUGAAAACAGGACAGAAACAACAGGAGAGGAGUCCAGCUAAAGAAGCAGAUGUUGCUACACCCCUCAAGCUUGAACAGCCUAAAGAAGUUAGGCGUAGUACAAGGCGAUCUGGACAGACAGAAGGAACAACAGCAGGAACAGCUUCCCACAGUAAUACAAAAUGGCUUCCUGGUCCUGAAGAAGUGAAUGAAGUAAAAUCAGAAACCCUGGAGCAGGGAAAACCUGAGGAGACCUCCCAAGAGUUAAGUUGUUCUAAUUUAGCAGAAGCUUGUUCUCCUUCUCAUGAAGAAACAAAGGAAACAACUGAGGUUGCUACGAAGACUGAGUCGGGGAAUGCUGAGUCGAUUUGUUCAACAUCUGUGGAUACUGAAAUUACUGCAGUUAAAAAUGAAGCAAAUGAUAGGAUUGAUUCAAUGGAUUCUGAAACUUCUUCAGAAGAAAAGACUGUAAAUAAAACAGAGGAAUUGGAGAAGAAAGCAGAAGAACAUGAUCAGAUAACUGGAAAAGCUGAUGAUCCACCUAUUACAAGUGUUUGCGUGAAUCCAAGCGAAAUUUAUCAGACCUUUUCAGGUUUGUCCAGCUCUGUGGAAGAGGGGGUUGAAUGUAGAUUGGGUUCCCAGAAUGAAGUUCCUGAUGAAAGUGUAUUGUCCUUAAAAGAAUAUAUAACAGAGCCUGUAGAUGAAGUCAAGGGGAUGGAGAAAACUGUAACUCUAUCUGAGAAAUUAUUGGACAGUACAGAGUUUGCUAAUAAAGAAUUGAAAAGUGAGGAUUCUACUUCUGCUGACCCAGGAAAUAGCAUUGUAGAUACCGCUGUUCUUGACAGUACAAGCCAAAAUGUACAGCAGCAGAUCAGCGCUACUAAAGUAGAAGGCCCUGAGGUCUCAAAAUUUCAGGAUGAUGAUAAACCAAUUAAUGUUUCGUCAAAAUGUGAAAAAAAUGUGAGGUCCCAACACAGUAAGUCUGCAAUACAGAAUAAGCAAAAUCUGUCUGCAGGUACUCGACAAAAAUCCCUUGCAGUGCAACAAGAAAUAAUACAUUCAAAAACAAGAGCUGGUUUUGCUGUUUCAGGUUUUCACAGUUCACCUUCAGCAGGUGUGAAGCGGAAUGCAGAUGAGCAAGAGAGUCAUCAAUAUCUAAAUAAUCCAGUUAAAAUCAGGAAAAAACAAUCUGCUUUGGGUUUGAAAACAAAGAGCUGUGCUUCAGGUAUCACAGUAAAAAAGCAGACCAACACAGUGCUGAAGAAAAUACCCCGAGUCCAGGCUCCUGGGCAGGUACAGAAACCAACAAUUCAAAGAGCAAAUGAGAAAUCUCCUACUCAUCAAAGCUGUUCUAAAGAUAGCCACCACUCUGUACACACUUUAUCAGGGCAUGUUUCAAAUCUUGGUCAGAAGCAAGCCCAGAAACAUCAGCUCUCAACUAUACUGAGAACAAGUAGUUCCACAAAGGAAGAGGCAGAGACUAAAGAUCCCCCUCUUCUAGAACAUUUGAAGGAGGAUGACAAAGAAAAAAACAAAUUGAAAAGAAUUGAUAAGAAUCUCCAGCCGCGCCAGAGAAGAAGUAGCAAAAGUCUCUCACUUGAUGAACCUCCUUUGUUCAUUCCAGAUAACAUUUCAACUGUGAAACGGGAAGGCGUGGAGCAUGCAUCUGCUAGUGAAAGCAAAUAUGUUUGGGUGCCCAGCAAGCAGUGUGGCUUUUGCAGAAAGCCGCAUGGCAACAGGUUUAUGGUAGGCUGUGGUAGAUGUGAUGAUUGGUUUCACGGUGAUUGCGUUGGGCUGAGUCUUUCUCAAGCGCAACAGAUGGGUGAAGAAGAUAAAGAAUAUGUGUGUGUGAAGUGCUGUGCUGAAGAAGACAAAAAAACAGAGUCUGUGGAUCAAAGUAUGCUGGAUACUCAAGUGAGACUUGAAGUCCAUGGAGAAGAAAGAACAAUGGAAUGUGAAAAACCAGGGAUGUCAAAGCAAACAUCUACUUGUAAUCUAAGUGUAACUGAGAAAAAGCAAACAGAGGACACAGUGAAGCACAAAGUCAAAAUUUUUAGACGGGAAUCUGGUGAGGGGAAGAACUUACCAGAAUGCAGAGACUCGGAUACUAAAAAAGGGCAACAUGUUCCUACUCGGAAAGCGUCACAAGCUGCUCUACCUCCUCGGAGGUCCUCUGAAGAUAAAAAUGAAAAAAUGAGUAGAGAGUCAUGUAGCGUGGUUGAAAAAUCCACAAAAUCAGGUGUUCAUGAGAAACAAGAAAUUAAGAAAAAGAAAAAUGAGAAAGGAGGAUCAAGUAGUGCAACACAUCUGCCAGCUGUGUCAGCUUCAAAACCUUCUGCUGAUCAGAUAAGGCAAAGCGUCAAACAGUCUCUUAAAGAAAUUCUGAUGAAAAGAUUAACAGACUCCAAUUUAAAAAUUCCUGAGGAGAGAGCAGCAAAAGUUGCCACAAGGAUAGAGAAAGAACUGUUUUCUUUCUUUCGUGACACUGACUCAAAGUAUAAGAACAAAUACAGAAGUUUAAUGUUCAAUCUAAAAGAUCCCAAAAAUAAUAUAUUAUUUAAGAAAGUACUUAAAGGAGAAGUUACUCCAGAUCAUCUGAUAAGAAUGAGCCCAGAAGAACUGGCUUCCAAAGAACUGGCUGCUUGGAGACAAAGAGAAAACAGACAUACAAUUGAAAUGAUUGAGAAAGAACAGAGAGAAGUUGAAAGAAGACCUAUCACAAAAAUCACUCACAAAGGGGAAAUAGAAAUAGAGAGUGAAACACCAAUAAAAGAACAGGAAGAAGUUAUGGAAAUCCAGGAACCUAAUAUGGUGAAGUUGUUGGAGAAGUCAGAGGAAGCUGAAAAAGAUAAAGAAGUAAAUGAAUCUGCAUCUCCAGACACCACAAGUCAACACAAAAAUCAUCUCUUUGAUCUGAAUUGCAAAAUCUGCAUAGGCCGAAUGGCGCCACCUACUGAUGAUCUUUCUGCGAAAAAAGUGAAAGUGUCUGUUGGAGUUGCACGUAAACAGUCAGACAAUGAAGCAGAAAGCAUUGCAGAUGCACUUUCUUCAACAUCAAGUAUUUUAGCUUCAGAAUUAUUGGAAGAGGAUAAACAAGACUUAUCAAAGUCGUCAUUCUCAUCUCUCCCAAGAUCAGAAACACCUGGUACUGUGGAAAGUGAAACACUGUUUCUGGCACGCCUGAAUUUCAUCUGGAAGGGUUUUAUCAAUAUGCCUUCUGUGGCAAAGUUUGUUAUUAAGGCCUACCCAGUCUCUGGCUCUUUUGAGUAUUUAACGGAGGAUUUACCUGAUAGUAUUCAAGUAGGUGGCAGGAUAUCUCCUCACACUGUCUGGGAGUAUGUAGAAAAAAUCAAAGCUUCAGGGACCAAGGAAAUCUGUGUAGUUCGCUUUACCCCUGUAACUGAAGAGGAUCAGAUUUCCUAUGCUUUGUUGUUUGCCUACUUCAGCAGUAGAAAACGUUAUGGUGUAGCUGCCAAUAACAUGAAGCAAGUGAAAGAUUUGUAUCUCAUCCCAUUGGGUUCUUCAGAUAAAGUUCCACAUCAUCUUGUGCCUUUUGAUGGGCCUGGGAUUGAAGUGCAUCGACCAAAUCUUCUACUGGGAUUGAUAAUUCGCCAGAAAAUGAAGAGACAGAUUACCGCUGUUGCAAGCGUUAGUAGUAGCUUUGCAGAUGAAGUUCCUGAAAGUACCUUGAGUAGCUUGCCACCAGAGAAGAAAAGCAAGCCAAACAAACCUGAAGUCUCUCAUAAUGAAUUGGCAUUAGAAGAAGAAGAAGAAAAUGAUUUUUUUAAUUCCUUCACAACUGUGCUACACAAGCAGAGAAAUAAAUCUCAACAGUCUAAUAUAGAAGAUGUUCCUGCAGUUGUUGAACCUUUAGUGGAAAGUACCAAACAUGAACCACCGAAGCCUCUCCGAUUCCUUCCUGGAGUCCUGGUUGGAUGGGAAAAUCAGCCUUCUACUCUGGAGCUAGCAAAUAAACCACUGCCAGUGGAUGAUAUUCUUCAAAGCCUGUUGGGUACUACAGGGCAGGUAUAUGAACACAGUAAGUCAGAAGUGAGUCCCAGCGAAGACAUACCAUUGUUAAAUGAGCAAGCAACUUUAAAAGAAGAAGACAUGGAUGUUGCUGAUGUACCUGCUGAAGCGAGUGAAACAAAGGCUAGCUUGGAUGGUGUACAGGAAUCCACUGAGGCUACUGUAACAGCGGAUGCAGCAGCUGUAGGCACCUCAAGUUCUGCAAGAAGUGCUGGAACUUUGAUAGGCCUUAGUCUGAAGGGAAAACCUCCAGAUGUUUCCACAGAAGCGUUUUUAGCAAACUUAUCUGCUCAGUCACAGAAUAAAGAAACUGAAGAAAGUAAAGAAAAUGAUCCGAAGUGGCAGUUACACGACAAGGAGAAUGUUGCACAGGAAAUCAGAAGGACCACAACUUCUAGCUUUUCUUCUUCCUCAUCAAACGCAGGAAAAAAAAGCAGUGAGAACAAUGUUAAUGUAGGCUCUGCUGAAGGUACAACUGCUAAUACUUCUAAAUCUCCGCCAUUUAUUAAUCUCAAAAGAGACCCACGACAGGCAGCUGGACGAAGCCAACAGACUAAUGCUUCAGAAAGCAAGGAAGGAGAUGGCAGCAGAAAUGAAGACCGACAAAAUGUUUCAGGAAAUGACCAAAUGGAAUUAGAGAAUAAGCAGCCUUCUGGAGAAAAGGGCUUAAACCUGUAUCAAGGUGAUGCACAAGCAAAUGAGAUGCAGUAUAGUUCAACUGCAACAAAAGCAGAUAAUGUAUGUGCAUCACAAGCAGAAGAUACCAAGAACUUGCAGGAAGAUAGCUUGAUGCAAAACAUUGAAACGGUGAACUCAUUUAGAAGAGGACCAGCAGCAACUUCAUCUCAUUUUGAAACAGAAAAUUCUUCUCGUUCUGAAUUUAUUUCCAAAGGCCCAAGCCCUAUUACAAGUGGCAGCUUCUCAUCUGUUAGACCUCCACAGCACAAUUUUCAGCAUCCUAAAUCUAAUCCACCUGGAUUUCAGUUUCAGACUCCUGCACCUCAUAACUUUCCUCCACAAAACAGCCCUAUGUUUGGGUUUCCUCCUCAUUUACCGCCUCCACUUCUUCCUCCUCCAGGCUUUGGCUAUUCUCAAAAUGCGAUGAUGCCAUGGCCACCUGUAGUUCAUUUAUCAGGUCAGCCACCACACUAUGCCGGACCCAUUGCACAAGGGCUACCAGUGGCUCACAAACAAUCAAGAUUUUUGGGGCCAGAAAAUUUUUUUCAGAAUAAAGACAGCAGGAGACCAGAAAGACGUCAUAGUGACCCUUGGGGCAGACAAAAACAGCAUUUGGACAGAGUGUGCAGCAGAGUUAAAAAUGAUCAACACAGACAAAGGUUCUAUAGUGAAUCCCAUCACCAAAAGAAAGACAGACACGACAAAGAGUGGAACAAUGAAAAAUACUGGGAGCAAGAUUCUGAAAGAAAUAGGCGCAGAGACAGGAACCAGGAAAAAGAGAGAGAGAGGAAGAAUAGAGAGGAAGGACAUAGAGACAAAGAAAGAUUGCGACCUCCGCACAAUGAUAGGGGUUCUGAUGGAAAAUGCCCCAGAGAGACUAGAAAUCCAGAAAAAAAGACCGAUAAGCCUAAAAGUGAAGAACAGGCUCAUGAAAAGGAUAAAGAGAGGGAGAAAAGUAGAGAGAAACAUAGAGAACGAGAAAGUGAAAAGAACAGAGAUAGGCAUAGGGACCACAGUGACAGAGCUAAAAGCAAAAGGUAAAAAGAUGCAGGCAGUCUUUCAAAAUCCUAUUUAAAUAAACUGUUAGAGUAAUGUCAUAAAACUUUGUAUAAAAAAAAAAAAAGCCUGCUAGGAUUGUGCCAUCUUUUUUUAUUCAGUGUUGGUGUUUUGCAGAAACAAGUCUGUGUUUUGGUACCAAUCACUGUACCAAUACUCAUCCUUUUUUUCAUUAUACCAACUAUCACUAGAAGUAGGAGUUUAAUAUUUUUAAAAAUUUUACAUUGCUGUAUAUUCAAAAUUUUAAAGAUUUCUUUUAUUAAUAUGCAAUAAAGGCUUAGAAAUUUUCUUAGCUGAUGAAGUUGGCUUUAGUCAAGUAUGCAAAUAGUUGCUGCCUUUGGUAAUUUGUGCUCUCUUCUGUUUUAAGAUGCUCUGAUAAUUUUAAAGGUGAAUUUCAUAAAUAACCUUCUUUUUAAAUUGCACUGUUUUUAAAGACUGUAGCAGAGCCUCAGAAUCCACACACGUUACAACAAAAUAUAAUAUCCUCGGUGGUGUGAAGAGUUCUUUUUAAAUUAUUCAGUAGUACAAUAAAAUAAUUCAAGCAUAUUUCGUUAGUUUUUCAAGUAUUUCCUAGGCAUCUGAAGCAGUUUGUGACCAGAAAUCGGAAGGCUGACCUGCUCGAAUGUUAUUGCUUUAAACUGCACUUGUUUUAAUGAGAAAACAUUUUUAAACUAAAUUCUUCAAAAUAUGAUUUGUAGUAGUCAGUCAUUUUUCCCAUCCUUUUCCAUGCUUCAAAAACUUGAAUACCUAAGCUUGUACAUUACUUUGUGUUUUACUAUCCUUUUUACUGUAAAAUGUAAAUAUUUUAAGGGAUAUUUUGAUUCUAAAACGAUAAAACUUUCUCACA